GCUGGCUCUUGCUCAGUCAGUUCGAUACCGAGCGCCGAAGCGUUCGGUUCGCUCUGAUUGCGGCGUGCGCUGUUAUCGUUAUCACUUUCUGUCUCGUUACCACGCCGCUCCGGAGGACACCCGAGCGCUGAACGGGCCCCCGUAUCUGGGGUACCAUCGCGCUGACCGGGGGAUGACGAGGCAUGGAGCGCGCCGCGGGGUUGCCUGUGACACGCGGAAAUGAAUCACGGAACAUGUGCGCUCCACAGGAAUUAAAAAAGCCGCUAUAAAGUAAUUCUGGACCGAAGAAGAUCACGAGAUUGAAGAAUAGCAUUUCGCGAUUGAGACCGAGAAAGGUUUUCCAUUCUUUCUUUUGCGACAAAAGUAAGUUGCUACUUUACGAACGGGACACUUACGUGUCGAACCGGUGGGACAAUGCUUUGGACCAUGUGCACCUUUGAGAGGCUUCGCUUUGUGAAUGAGCUUUUGAAUUCCCGGGUCGAAGCGAGCGGCGAUGAGACCGCGGAGGGGACAGUGAUCUUUUUCAAUGGAUCCUCGUGCAGGGAUGAGAGAACACCAAUAGAAGAAAACGCAGCUUAAGUGCCAUCGUUAGCGAUCGCCUUAUCAUGACGCUGCAAACACGCACGACCUUUUCGCCUGCCAAUCAUCGCGCCUCCUACGUCAUAAUCGCUUCAGAUGCAAUAUAGCCUCGUCGGUGGAUUUCAUGAGGCUACAGGUGCAUCGAACUAACUCGCCCUAAUUCACCCAAUUUGGCAUCGUCAACCAGGCCUGAUAACCCGCGGCGAAAUGCGAGGACCGACAUUUGACGCGCGUUAUCGAGCUGGAUGUCGCGUCGCACGAUCAGCGACGAUUCGGUCACAUCGGGGUGAGGUGGCGGCCGAACGGCCGGCACCGGACGGACUUUCAAAUUGGGACGAAUAAGCUGCGCCGACGAUCGAACGCGGACACUCGCCCCUUGAAGUGGCUCACCCUUCCAAGGGAGUCAUCCCGAAAAACAACGACCUCGAUCCUCGCUCUCGCGCCGCCAUCGUUACGGCGGGAUCGAUAUAUUCUGCAGAUAGACGUUUCCGGAACGCCGAUCCCAUGCAUAUGUAUAUAUAGCAACGCAUUAAAGUGUGCGAGAGAUCAGAGUCAAGGUCGAAUCGGCCAUCCCGCUCCGCCAGACCGAUAUUUGAAUCAUGGACAGACGUAGCCGGAAAUAGCACGCUCGAUAUCGUCUUCUGGUAUAUGUUGCUUCUGGGUAAAGCGAGCGUAUGUUAUUGUCUCUGAUUGGCAGUAACCAAGAGCUAACAAAGAUCGAGCUUUAGCUUCAACUACUCUAUCUCUUAUAUGAAAUUUGAGACAGAUAUAUUGCGAAUGUGACUGUAAUGUGAACAUCGUGUAGACAACGAUCUUUUUGGAGGAAUGGAAAUAAUGAAAAUGGAAUUUGGUUUACGAUUUAUAUAAGUGAACGCGAUUGUGAAGUAUAAUUUAAUGGUCGACCGUCUGGCAUGUAAAUGUGAACGUUUCUGUGAACAGAAACUAUCUAUAUAUGGAAGUAUCAGAGAUAAAAUCGCAUUUAUGAGUGAAAAUGAUAUAGAAAGUAAUCGGUGAGAAUUUAAAAUUUGCUAAAUGAGUAAAUUCAACGAGCACAAAAGACCGCUGUAACCGCGAAAAUGUUUCUAUUCAUUAAACUUUAAAACAGUGAAAGAAAAUACGUUUUGAAAUUUGGAUUAUUCACCACGCUCAAUCAAUAUAGUUCCAUAAAUGUUUGAUUAUCUCUGUAAUAAUGGAAAAUUAAAAUGUAUUAUGGAUUAUCGGCCUCUGCGAACGUUUUUUUUAAAUAGAAUAAAGAGAAAUAUUUAAUAUCGCAAAUUGACAAUAUUGAAAGUCACGACAAAACCUUGAACAAAAAUCGCGGAUGGAAAUAGUGGUGCAACUGUUGCUGCCAUAAAUUAGGUCAAUGUUUCAGAAUCUCUUGUUCAAUCUCCGCGUGCAAGCUCCGCUAACGCGGCUUUAAACUCAACGUGACUAAAAACUGACGUGACACAGUGUUUUUCCCUGCGGCGACGGUGCGACAAAAUGUGUAAGCGCGAAAGUGGUUUGCACGAUAUCCAUUUUGAGAGAAAUCGUUUUAACCAUUUUACGCGAAGGGACGUUUUAUUAAGAAAGAGGCGUGACGUGAGGACGUCGUCAUGUAAAAGCAGAAGUUCUCAAGAUGUCAACCCUAAGAAUCGACUGUUCCGCCACGUGUAGUGCUUUGCAGGUAAGGAUGAAUCGGCAGAACAGAGUAUUCUCUCGCCGUUCCCCUUGGUGGCAGUGACAUCGUGGUCGGCAGGGUCCAGGGGCCCAUGGCCGGGAAUUGUUUUCGCCGGUUCUGGUGGUGGCUCCCGAUCGCGGUCCUAUCCGGGUGCUUCUUCCUCCCCGCAAUCGAAGCCGGUAUUUCGUGCACGUCCACCUAUCCCGUGACAUCGCGCGACGAGCGGUCCGACGCGGACGUAAUAAUCUUCCUGGGCGAGAGAUGCGACGGGGAGAUCAACAUCACCGAGAUACAGGAUCACUUGGAGCACGCGCCCGAUCUAACCAGCGAGCUCUCGAUCAGCGUGCUGCCGAGAUCUCUGACGUGUGAGACGGAAACUGGAGGCCUCGGCGCGCUGAUACACGCUCUCGGUGAGAGCAACACGAAGGCAGUGAUAGCCGCGCUCGACAGCUCGAUCUGCGAAGUCGCCGCCAAACUCGCGCAUCUUGGGAAUAAACUGCUGUUAACUUGGACUUGUCCGCUGAGAGAUUUAAAGGAAAAGGAUCUACCUUCGAUCAUUAGGCUUUCUCCAUCAUUACCGUCAAUGGCAAAUGCCGUAGCGGAAAUAUUUCUACACUUGCAAUGGAAGACGGCGGCUGUUAUUAGCAUAGAUCGCGAACCGUGGUCCAGCCUGGACCGUGCCAUGAUCAAUGCAUUCCGACGAAUCGGUGUCGUCCUGCGGUAUCAUCUGAUUCUACCCCAUCGCGCAACCCUUGAGCAGAUCCGCAGAAUUCUAAGGUCCGUGCACAGUGUCUCCCGUCGUGCUACGGUGCUCUGUCUGCCAUUGCUCGACGAGAUGACGAGUCGUGUUCUGAUCGAAUUGAACGUCGCGUGGCAAACGCACAUCCAGAAUUCCGUUAUCCUGAUGGUCCACACGGAGGAUAUCGAUCUCUUUCUACCGAGAGAUGACUCGUCGCCUACGUCGCUCUCCACUGAUCCAUCAACUCUGGUCCACUCAGCGAUUACUCAGUCUUCCAAUUUUUCUACCUCGAAUGUAACUCGCGCUGGCCCGUAUGUGACCCCGGAGAGAGACGAGAGAACACAGAGAGAGCAUACCUCACGAAGAUUUGCCCCACCAAGGAAUCUUAGCAGCACCACGAUAGAAAAUCUACUUGUGGUUACGCCGCUUGAUCAGAGGUACGACGUGAAGAAGGUCCUCAAUGGCACGCAAGAUUACGCGACGCUGGCGUUGUUCGAUCGACUGAACGAAUCACUGACCGUGUUAACACGUGAUAACAGCAGUCUUGACAGCCACAACAACAAGAUGUACACGUAUGCUCUGAUGAAUUGGCACGACGCCGGUUGGGAGCCAAUCCUUGCGGUAGUCGAACGGCAUCAGCAAUUGCUGGUCCAGCAGCUGACGCCAAGCACGGUAGCAUUUCUCAACAUCGAGGCGCCCGAUUUGCCGUCUUGCGAUGUCGACAGCGAUUGUCCGAAUGGCUUGGCCGACAUGUCUUCUUUCCGUACCACACAUAUCGUAGCUAUUAUUCUGGGGUCGCUGCUGUUCACCUUUGUCGCCAUCGCCGUCGCGAUUAUAAUCCGGAAGCGACUGCUUAAGAAAAGAAUGUCCAAAGGUCCGUACAAAAUCAUUCUAACGACGUCGGACUUCGUUUUUCCUCAAGUGCCUCCAGUAGAUUCCAGAACGGUAGACGAAGGCAUCGAGGCGAUGCUAUGCUGCUGGCUGCAGCAGUUGCAGGAGUUUGGCGGGCCGGAAGUCGAGAAACCGGAUCUGCUCCAGCUCGGAAGCGUGAACUCGCUGAGGCCAUACCUGCAGGCUAGCGGCGGGAACAUACCAAGACAUACCUUCUUCAAGGAUCCUCGUGCUAGAUAUAACGGUGACUUGGUUCAAUUGAAGGAGCUGCCCUUUCAAGGUACGUUCGAACUGAAGAGCAAGGCCAUGGACGUGCUGGUCACGAUCCACGGGCUGCGACAUGAGAACCUCAAUCCUCUGAUUGGAUGCCUUAACGAACCCACGAGACCUUGUCUAGUAUCGGAGUACUGCUCGAGGGGCUCUCUGGAGGACGUACUCGUCCAGGAUGAGAUUAAACUCGACUGGUCCUUCAGAUUAUCCUUACUUACCGAUCUUGUACGGGGUAUGAAAUAUCUUCAUAGCACUCCAAUACGCGUCCACGGCUAUCUCACGUCGCGAAAUUGUGUGAUCGAUGCGAGAUGGGUCUUAAAAGUUACCGAUUACGGUCUGCCUGCAUUUUAUGAAGCUCAGAAUAUAGUACCGCCAGUGAAAACAGCUCGAGAUCUAUUAUGGACUGCGCCGGAAUUGCUUAGGCAUCCGAAUUUACAGAAAAAGGGAACUCAGCCUGGAGAUGUUUACAGUUUCGGAAUUAUCAUGCAAGAAGUCGUUGUUCGCGGAGAACCAUUUUGUAUGCUCGCCCUAUCUCCAGAAGAUAUAAUCGAGAAAGUAAUGAAACCACCACCCCUGAUAAGACCAUCGGUCAGCAAAGGCGCUGCGCCACCAGAAGCCAUAAACAUUAUGCGACAGUGCUGGGCGGAAACCGCUGAAAUGAGGCCCGAUUUUGAUGACGUACAUGAUCUCUUCAAGAAGCUAAAUCAUGGGAGAAAGGUAAACUUCGUGGACACGAUGUUUCAAAUGCUCGAGAAGUACUCGAAUAAUCUGGAAGAACUUAUUCGUGAGCGUACGGAACAACUUGACAUGGAGAAAAAAAAGACUGAGCAAUUAUUGAAUAGAAUGUUACCUAGUUCGGUCGCCGAAAAACUGAAGCUCGGCAUGCCCGUUGACCCUGAAGAAUUUCGCGAAGUCACCAUUUAUUUCUCGGACAUCGUCGGCUUCACGACGAUAUCUGCGCGUUCGACGCCUUUUCAAGUGGUUGAUCUUCUCAAUGAUUUGUAUACUUGCUUCGACGACACGAUUAAUGCGUAUACGGUUUACAAGGUGGAAACUAUUGGGGAUGCCUACAUGGUUGUAGGCGGUUGCCCAGUAAGAAUACCCGAUCAUGCAACUCAAAUAGCAACUAUGGCGCUCGAUCUGUUACAUCAGAGUGGAAAGUUCAAGUUAAAACACCUUCCGGACACUCCGCUUAGGUUACGCAUUGGUCUUCAUACGGGUCCGUGCUGUGCCGGCGUAGUAGGUUUAACAAUGCCGCGUUAUUGCUUGUUCGGUGACACCGUGAAUACCGCCUCGAGGAUGGAAUCGACUGGGGCGCCUUGGCGUAUCCAUCUGAGCCAGGCAACAAGGGAUCGAUUGACGCAGGUUGGUGGAUACCACAUCGAAUACCGCGGGCCCACCGAUGUCAAGGGUAAAGGCAAGAUGCCGACCUACUGGCUUCUCGGCAAGCAGGGUUUCGACAAGGAGCUCCCCAAGCCGCCACCUCUUAGGGAGAACCUACAUGGGCUCGACGAAAAUCUCAUGCUGGACAGCCACCAGAACGGAAUUGGUACCUUGGCGUGCCCUCAGCUACCGGUAAUCCCAUCACAGGACGAGACACACGAAGAACCGAUGAGCCCUGAUGAGGUCAAACCCGACCGCCAGGAAUCCGUCAGCAGCGGAGUCACUACUAGCAGUAGUCGAGCCGCGUCUUUCGAGGAGGCCAGCACUAGGAAGGUCGCCGUAUCCGUACACAACGAACGCACGUUGCUGCCGAGUUAUUCCUUGAAGUCUACCAACGACUUCAUCGAAGUGUUACAGGGUAAACAGGAUACAGUGACGAGGACGAGCGAGGUAAUUCACAGCGGCAUGACCAAGAGCACGUCCAGUGACAAUCAGGCUUCCCUCGGGGUGUCACCUUCAGUGUCUGGUGCUGAUCCGCCAGCGGCACUCCUCGGUGCCUCUACCAGCUCACUUACGUCGAUUGCCAGCUCGGCGGCGUAUCGACAGCCACUGGCGGCGAGACAUCGCCGCUUCACUCCCGGAUGCAUCGAUGAGAACGAUCUCAGUACACCGUACAAUCAUUACAGAUGUCUAUCGCCCAACGAGUAUCACACGAAGGGCUCCGGAUGCCGAAUGCUCAAGAGGCAAUUCAGCUUGGACCGUCCGGAUGAACCGGUGUCCAUAAUCCCGGAGCAGCUCCCACCUAGGUCAACUCCUCGUCUCUACAAGCAAAAUAGCGCGGGCGCGGCCAACGACUUGGAGAGAAUCGAGGAAGUGCCACCAGCCACUCCUAAGCCCCUCCUUCAAAAUUACCGUCACGCUGCUUCCGUAUCCCUUUCCGUCGAGUCCCUAUCAUUACGUUAAAAUCCCUGUUGAGAAAAGUUUUACGAGCAGAAAAUCGAACAUGAUACGACGUUCAUCGCGAUACGAGCGUAACACAUUUGGAGCAGCGAACGAUUCAUUUGGAGACAAAAGAAUCGCUUUUACGAUAUAAUUGAUAAAAAGCCGUAUAAACGAAAGAUUGAAAUACGUUUUUAUAAUCGUAGAUCUCUACUUUUAGAGAAAAACAAGAGAUCUCGGUUAAACUGAGAUUAGAAGUUAGUCAAUGUUGACGAUACACAACUUUUGACGAUCACAGAGAUAGAAAUGUUGGCUCGGAAACUUGAUCGCAAUAAUUUGUCUUUGAAGAUCGGUAUCUUUCUGCGCGAAUGUGUAAAAGAAUGCGAUUACUAUGACUUGUUGCUGCUCCGUAUUUUUAUCUAUAUGUACAUUGUAUUGAUGUCUGAUAAUAUACCCGCAGGCAGGGGAUCGAACGAACGCAAUUCGUGAUAAAGAUUUAAUGAUUUAAGCGUGUGUUGUUUACAAAUAAUCGUUGGUGCAAAGAAAAGCUAGGACUUAUGAUCAAUCUGCUCUUUUCUCCAACGUGUCUGUACAUACUUAUCAAUCUUACAUGCUUCAACGAUAAUGAUAACAUGUUUCAUCGAUAACUUCCGCUCAAUGACGCUGUCAUGCAUCUACGAUCCUUGACGCUGAAUUAUUAGCAGCCCAGAUUGCACAGAUAUUUAACGGAUCCUCUUAGACAUCUAUCUUAAACUUUUAUCGAACGUUUAAAUGAUACAUACAAGUAUUCAGAAUUCUGAAUAUUUUGGAUAUCCAAGAGGUUCCAUUAAAUUUUUAUGUCUAAAUUUGAACUAGAUAUAACUUGAUUCCUUAUUAGAACGUCGAAAUCUUAAACAAGUAAUGUACUUCUCGUGAUUUCAGGUUUUUCACAUUACUGCGUAAGAGUAAUCUUUUUUACCUUGCAAAAAUUAAAAAUUGUCCUCCCUUCCACAGUCGUCAACGAGCGUAUACUCUCGCUAGAAGUACCCCUAAAAGUCGGGGAGACACUAUUAGCGCUAUUUGUGUCAUUCUAUCCUUGUUGUACGUCUAAUAAACAACAAAGAUAGAAUGACAGAACUAGCGCUAAUAGCGUUUCCCCGAACGCACCAUAAAACGUCUCCUUCAAGCGAAAAUUUAAAGUCGAUUUUACUGAGUGGAAUUUUAAUGUUAGAAAAUUAUUCCACGUAUCUUGUGGAAGACAUAAGAAAGUUCCAAUUUAAAUAAACUUAAACUGGAUCUUAGGCUAAUAAAGGCAAGACAGAUAGCAAAAUAAUACAAAAGGAAAAAUAUUAAUUAAUUAGUCGUUUAUAAUUUUUUGCUAAAUAUAUCUUGAUAUAAAAAUUAUUCUUUAAGAAAGGACCUUCUUCAAAAACAUUGAAUAUAUUGCUCUCGUACACACACAUAUACAUUAUAUAUAAAGUCUUUAUGUAAUAAUUAUAUUUCGAUCGAAACUUACGAUGGGCUAUGAUGUCAAUCGAGAAAGAAAGUUACAUAGGAAAGUUACGUAGGAAGUAAUUAACUAUCAUCUCUCAAUUAUA